CUUAAACCUGUCACGUAGAUUGAUCUUUCUUGUUACCGCGUUCAAGUUAAGCUGGAGUUUUUAGUUUUUUUCGUUGUUUAUCAAGAGUGCAAGAAAUAAACAGCAAUUCGUAGUUUUGCAGUUGUUUAGAACUGGUGAUUGUUGAGGUUGAAUGGAAAAGGACUUCGGAUCUUUGUUUCAUCACCAGUAUUCAGAUCUGCAGUUAGCCCAUUUGAAUUUUUCUUAUCCUCGAUUUGAUAUAGGGCAGCUGAAUUAUUUUCCUACUUACAUGACUCCUCAGUCAAAUGAGGUUCCUAUGAAUGGGAAUUCUCCCUUUUUCACAUUUUCUGGGCUUCUACAGUCAAACGCAAGCCAGCCAACUGAACCUAGCAAUUGGUUAUAUUGUUCGGCUCCGUUCUACCAGGGAGUUGCUCCUGUUUCGACCGCUUUACCGGAAGAGAAGCUUGCUCCUCGAGCAAUCGAAUAUCCUAAUGCAGGCACCGCAUCUACUCAGAAGAGAUUCCUUGUUUUUGAUCAAUCUGGUGAUCAAACAACUUUGAUCUAUAGUUCUGCUAAUGCUACUCCUGUACAAUGCCCGUCUUCUUUGAAUCCAACACCACCUGCCCUUUAUAAUUUGGUUAAGGAGGAUCCAGAGAUUAAAAAGAAUGAAGUUUCUCCAUUUGGGCAUUUUUUUGGUGAUGAAUAUUAUGAAGAAAGUAACAGAGAUGAUGUCGAAAGUGAAAUGCGUGAGGAUACUGAAGAACUGAACGUCCUACUCUAUUCAGAUGAUGAUUAUUAUUCCGAGGAUGAUGAAGAAAGAAGCACUGGUCACUCGCCUAGUACUAUGACAACUCAUGAUUUACCAGAAUGCUUUAACGAAAGGGGUGAAGAAGUAGCUAGUUCUGCGAAGCCAACCAAAAGGCUUAAACUGUUAGAUGGUAGCUAUGAUGCACCGUCGCUUAGGGAUACUGCAACCUCUGCAAAAGCCUAUACGUGCUCCGACUUAGAGGAUGAUGCACAAUCCAGUUGCGCCAAUGGCUUUGACCAAGUUUCAGGAGCACCGUGUUCUCCAUCUGGGAAAAAGAGGCUAAGAAAAGAUAAAAUUCGCGAGACUAUAAGUAUUUUGCAGGAAAUAAUCCCUGGAGGGAAGGGAAAAGACUCGAUGGUUGUUAUAGAUGAAGCAAUCCGUUACUUGAGAUCCCUGAAGGUGAAAGCCAAGUCUCUAGGACUUGAUUCUCUUUGAGCUUCAGCUUGCCCCUGGUCAUAAUUUUGAGUUAUUAAUGGUAUUUCUUAUAGCUUCCUGGUGACGUAGCGGUCUGAAGCACGUAUUAAAUGUUUCCGAUGAAUAAAGCAGAAUUAAAGCUUAGAUGGUAUGGCAAAGUUGGGUUGGCGGAAUAUGGAAUAAACAAAGUAAACCAGAUUGGAGAAUUCCCUUGAGAGUCUUUAUUCCGUCAUUCUGUUGGAACCAUUGGCUGUGGUUUUGAAAAUCACCAGUCGUGUCUUAUUCAUGUCUUCUUUAAAGAUAAGGGAGGGAACUUCUUGUCAUGCUUCCAUAAAAGGUGGUAAAUCAUGAGUUCAUAUCUUGACCCUAAAGAGAAAAGUUGAUUCUGCCCUUUGGGAAUGUGGUUUUGCCCACAUGUUGGCUGUCUGUGUGAACGAUACACGACUUGUUUACCUCAGUAGGACCCUGGAAAAGUUCCAGUGCACGUUUGGUGGCGAAUUUGGGUCCCAAAACCUCACUUUCAUUGCUCUUUUUUCCCUUAAUCCUAUCACAUUAAUCCCUCUUGGGCAUUUCUUUUCCUUGUCUAAAGGCGGGCAUUUGCUUCAAGAUGCAUCUCUCUUUUGGUUACAUCAGGUAUAAGACUAUUCUCCUGAGGUGAAAUGGAUCUCGACCAUUUGUGUAACAAACUGCUGCUACUGUUUGACACAUGACUAGUUUGAGCUGUAUUGGAAUCUUGGUGUGAAUGUUUUGUAAAAUUCUUUAGUACUAUGUGGUUGUAAUAUUAUCAUGUGUGAUGUUUGUUUGGAUUUGAGAAUAUUAACUGUGUUUGGUGAUGGUGUUGUCUUUA